AUGGGAAUACGCCUUUCGAAACAGGAGCAACCUAGGAAGAUCGAAUACCAUAGUUUACAAAAUCAUCUGAUCAAUUAUGUCACCAAAAGCUUUUGCCUUCGCAACUUGGUAUCGAGGAAGCGGAGGAGGAUGCUCAUCCAGGGUUAUGAUCUCGACAUGUCAUACAUCACUGAUCAUUUAUUAGCCAUGUCCUUCCCUGCACAACGCAUGCGAGCAAUGUACCGCAAUCCUCUUUGGCAAGUUAAGUCUGUGCUGGACAUGAGACACUAUGGACAUUACAAGAUCUAUAAUCUUUGUAUAGAAGAGAGUUACGAUCCAUCCCUCUUUUAUGGCCGUGUAGAGAAUUAUCCUUUCGAUGAUAAUCAUGUCCCGCAGCUCGAAAUGAUCAAGGCUUUCUGUGAAAGUGUAUCCGCAUGGCAUUCAGCAGAUCCAAAAAACAUUGCUGUUGUACACUGCAUGGCAGGCAAAGGAAGGACAGGCUUAAUGGUAUGUGCCUACCUUGUUUACAACGGGAUGUCUGCGGAGGAAGCUCUUCAAUUAUACGCUCAUAGACGGACCACUAAUAAUGAAGGAGUUUCAAUACCAAGCCAACGCCGUUAUGUUGGUUACUGGGAAAGUGUACUUUCGUUUCUCCGAGGAGCUGCAAAUGGACGUUCAAUUGUAAAAUUGCCUCAACCAUGUAGCAGAGAAUUGCGUCGAAUUAGGCUUUACGACACAGUCAACAUCGAUUCAGUCUACUUUGUGGUGUCAGAGAUGCAAGAGAUCCCUGGUGAGCUGUAUCGUCCAGCAGUGGAAGUUUUCAGGAGUUGCUGCAGAUCAGUGAAGAAAGGAUUCGAGAGAACUGACAGUCUCCGCUAUUAUCUCUCUUUCAUGCAAAGCGACAAAGACGGGAAGAAACGAGAAGCAAAAAAAUCUAAUGUAGUAGUUCAAAUGGACACAGAAAGUCCUGUGAUAUACCAUAAGACCUGCCUUGACUGUCAUUUCCAAAAACCUGUACAAGUUACAGGAGAUGUGCGUGUUAUAUUUUUCCAAAAAAUGAAUGGAGGGCGUCUUUUCUAUGCCUGCUUCAACACAGCUUUCAUAAAAAGCAGCGUCCUACAGCUGACGGUACGAGAGCUUGAUAAAGUUGGGAGCAAGGGAAAAUCAAUAUGUGGCCCUGCCUUCUGCUUGGAGCUCCUAUUUGGUCCUGCUAAUGUAAAGCACUCAUUCUCAACAACUCCAUCAUCCGAGUUCGUCGACGACGACGACGAUUCUAGCAAUGAUUGGUCAUGA